CCAGUUCGUGAGCGUGCGCGUUCUCGCUGUCGCCGGUGCUGCUUCCGCCGUCCUCUGCCGCUGCUACCACUGUCGCCGCCCCGGAUCCUCAGGCCGAGCUGUAGGACGGCCGGCUGCCCAGCAGCGCCGCGGUACGGAGAGCGGAGCCGCGGAACCGGUGGACAGGCGGGCGGGCCGACAGAUUAAUCUAACAUGGCUGACCAGAGGCAGCGCUCACUAUCUACCUCCGGGGAAUCACUAUAUCAUGUUCUUGGGCUGGACAAGAAUGCAACCUCGGAUGACAUUAAAAAGUCCUAUCGGAAGCUGGCCCUGAAAUAUCACCCUGACAAGAACCCUGAUAACCCAGAAGCUGCAGACAAGUUUAAGGAGAUUAACAACGCCCACGCCAUCCUGACAGAUGCCACGAAAAGAAACAUUUAUGACAAGUACGGCUCGCUGGGGCUCUAUGUGGCCGAGCAAUUUGGGGAGGAGAACGUCAACACCUACUUCGUACUCUCCAGCUGGUGGGCCAAGGCCCUGUUCGUUGUCUGUGGCCUCCUCACCUGCUGCUACUGCUGCUGCUGUUUGUGCUGUUGCUUUAACUGCUGCUGUGGGAAGUGCAAGCCCAAGGCACCUGAGGGUGAAGAGACGGAAUUCUACGUAUCGCCUGAAGACCUGGAGGCACAGCUGCAGUCUGAUGAGAGGGAGGCUACAGACACACCGAUCGUCAUACAGCCAGCAUCCGCCACAGAGACCACCCAGCUGACGGCUGACUCCCACCCCAGCUACCACACCGACGGGUUCAACUAAAUUCAGGAGAGGCUGUGAUUAGAGGAUGAAUCGGCACCUGGCCACUGCAACCUUAGAAUCAUGAACUGUAGUCACUGAGAUGGGGAGGCAGCCGUCAACCUGACCUGCUGUGGCUGGUCAGGGCCCCUCCCACCUCCUCUAAGCCCAACCAUCUGUCAAUCCUUGAUACACGACGAAGUGCGUAGCAUGCAGUAUUUAAAGCAGUGUAGCUACGGUCUUCUUAUGUUUUAUCCUUUUUUUAAUAGCAUGUAUGGGUUAUGUUCAAUGUCUGUGUUGUGGAUGUGCUACAGCUGGGCUGAAUUAACUGGAUGGUAGUGCUUUCUUGGGUUUUCAGCCAAGUGGGUCCAGUGAGGUUCAGCUGUCUCCUUGUGCUUACAGGAGUAAGGUAGGCACCUGGAGCUACAUCUCCUUGUUGGCCUGUGUCCUGUGACAUGGUCUAGUCCAUGGCUCUGAUCUCAUCCUCAAGGCUGCAGACAGGGUUCUGAUUUGACCUGCAAAGGAGGGAGCUGGGCCCCAUCCUCCCAGGCACCACCAGCAUCAGUCGUUUGCACGAUGUUCGUGUUGGGAAGCUUUCAUAGGGUCUCUGCAUCAUCUCACUCGGCCUCGUGACAGUUUUCCUGUGUUAGAUCUGCUAUGGAGAGUGCAGGUAUGCCCCUUCUGAAAGUGGGAGCACACUCUGUGUAGUAUCUCUAUCUUGGGUCUCCUGGCCUUGUGGACUGAGAUCUUAUCAUUGGAGGCAUGUCCCUUGCUGGUGUAUGGGAAAUCAUUUGUCUCUGUUCUGCACCUUUCCAGGUCAAAAGCUGGAUUGACGGGGCCACAGCCUCCUUCCCUCAUUCCUGGGUCAUCUUCCACAUUCCUUCAAGCCAACCUUUUUAAUCUUUUUUUUUUUUUUUUUUGGACUUUAAGAACCACAAAUGGUAGCACCUGCCACUUAGUAAUAGUCAGAAAGUCUUUGAGUCCAGUUGUGGGUGGCAUGUAGCUGCUUAUAAAGAGUUUGAGUACCCAGGAUCCAGAACCUCCUCCCUGUGCUUGCCAGAACUCCAUCCACCCCACUUGCCUCCGCUUCCACCUGUCAUCAUGAAUGCCUCUGGCAGAGCUGGAGUGUUGGGUUCCUGGAGUAGGUGACUGGACCCUGGUACCUCUGACUCAAAAGGGUUGGCUUCUAGGGAAGCUAUGGUGACAGUCACUCGACCUGGGAUGCCAGCUGCAGGCUACAGAAUUCCUUUGUGAACCUCCAGUCAGUAUUCCAGUCUUGGUCACAGGGUACCGUGGUGGGUGGAAUUGAAAAAUGUGGUUACCAGGGAUUUUGAACCACACUACCCUUUUACAGUUAGCUGGAUUAGCUGCACCAGACUUCAAUGAGCCUGGUUCCUCCAGAACCUUCCUGCUGGCUGCUGCUGACUACCUGCAUUUCCAGUACAGAUGAAGAAGGAGAAAGCUCAUGUGGUGACUCAGUGGCUCAGACAAACCACCAUGUGUUUCCGAAGCCCACCCUGUCCACCUGGCCCCAGUUCACCAGGGCCUUCAGGGACCAGAUCAGGUUGACAGGAAGUUGCAAGAAGAGGCAGCAUUGUGAGGACAAAGCUGGCAGUGAUUGAGGGUACCUAUCCAGAUCCUGGGAGACAUUGAUGCCAGGGUUCCCAACUGACCCUACAGGAGAACUCCAUGAGCCAGAAGCUGGCUUCAAGAUCCUUCCAUGGGUUUGUUAGUUUGUUUUGUUCUUUAAAGGAUCUUAGGGAUUUUCACUAACAUACUACGUUAGAAAUAAUUUGUAAACAUUGGACCUGUGGCUAGAUGUAGUGGGACAUGCCUAUAAUCCCAGCACUAGGGAGGCUGAGGUAGAAGGACAUUGAGUUGUAGGCCAGUCUAGGCUUUACACAGUAAGACUCCGACUCAAACAAAUCUAGUAGAAGAAUGAGAAAUUCAUUGCUGGGCCAAUUGUUGCAACAAAAGAAGAAGCAAGGCCACUGGGCAUCUGGGGUGCUGGUCCCAGUACAUUAAUCUUGGUGCCCUUUUAACAUAAUGACCAGUAACCAGGUUCAGAGUUGUAGGUAAUGAGUAGAGAGCUGCAAUCUGGAAGCACAUCCCUCCUGCAUGUACCUCUGUGGCCCUUUCCCUUACAUCCUAGUGAGCCAGGUCCUGAACUGGGACUUGUGGUGCUGUAGGGUGAGAGCACAGAAGUUGAACCUAGUGUCUUUUGGAAUUUGUAAAGCUAAAUAAAUCAUGUUGAACUUGAAACCAUCAAUAUGUAGAACAAUUUCAAGGUGAUAAUAGUGAUUGCCAAGGCCAGUUAACUCCCUGACCUAUCCCUUCACACAGACUCCCUGCAGGGUUUUACUGUGUUGAUCUAAGUUCUCCUUGAUUUCAUUUGCCCUGACCUAAGCAUAACUGGUGAGUCUCAGAAUCAGCCUGACUAUUCCUGACCAAAUACUAUUAAAUAUGAAUACACACACACACACACACACACACACACACACACACACACUCCCUAAACUCCUAUACUGGUAGGCAAUGUAGAUGGUGUUGUGGUGUUUUGCCAAGGGAGUGCUGGAGUCUGUGCAUGGAAGUUCGUCGAGAGCAGUGGAUACCCCUUCAGGACCAGAAACUGAUCACUUCUGACCUACAGAAAGUAUUUGGGAGAGAUCCUGGAGACCCAUCUCACCAAGACUAGAGUGUAGAUUUCUGUUUGUGCCCAAUGAUGUGGUCUUUCCUUGUCUUCCUUUUGACUGUAUUUUUAAAUUACUUUAGAUAAUUCUGUGCAAUGUUUAUAACCCUUCCUAGUCUUCUGAUGUUCAUUAUCAUAGCCAGCACCCAAUGGGGACCUGUUAGAAAAAGAAAUCAGUGCUUACUGUGGUUAGCAGGAAACUUUCCCAAGUUGUUGGUUGCUGGAUUUGUUACGGAAUCAUAAAGCCAGUCUCUUCUCAGAUGUUCAGAUGCCAGGUUUUACUAACAUCAAUGCCCACUGUCCUGCUGACCCAUGGCUUUUAUUCCAGGUGAACCUUGUGCAAAGGAGCUGCCAUUGUUGCAUCUGGUAGUCUCCAGAGAUGGUGACCCAAACAUUCAAGCUGUCCCUGGAGGGUCUAGGUGCUGUGGUACAGAGAACUGGUGGGCCAUGACCAUCUUCCUGUGGCUUUCAGUGCACCUUUUAUUGAGGGAUAGCUGUGGACAGUAUAAAACAUGACUGAUCUCAUUCUUUUCCCUGUGUUUUGAGCUGUGAACCCAUGUGUCCCAGCACUGACCUGUUCCUUUUAUUUUGGUUGAGUUAUCCUCCUAUGAAAAUAACAAAAGCUACAUCUUUACUAUCCUCACAAGCACGGUAUGUGUUGUCACAUGCUGUGAGUGUGGGCUAUGGUGUGUGUUGGUGUGUGUACAUAUGUGUAUAUGUAUAUAUCACGCAGCAGGCCUGUCAUGCUGCUGUUUGGUGGCAAAGCAACAAGUACAAUAAAAGUCGGCUCCAAAAUA